AUGGCCUCACGCUUCCCCCGGUCCACCCUGCACCAGCGCGAUCCCCGCGCCUCCUCCUCCCUUUUCGACUCCUACGGCGGCGACUCGCGCCCCGCCAGCAAAUCCCCCGGUCGCGGCCCCGGCCCCGGGCCCGGCUACAGCUACGGCGCGUAUCCAGGCGAUGGAUACAUGAGCGGGGGGUCGUCGACGCCCGGAGGCGGGUAUCGGGCUGCGACGCCGAAUGCAAAGGGCCACUACUCGGACGCGGUGCUUUCGCAUCUCGAGUCGCAGAAUGACGCCGAGGUGGAGGGGAUCACGGCCAAGGUGAAGAUGCUGAAGGAUAUUACCCUUGCGAUCGGCGAGGAAAUCCGCGAUACGUCGCACAUCCACGACCUGAAUGAUACGUUUGAUAAUACGCGGAUGCGGAUACGGGGGAAUAUGAACCGCAUGCUGCGGAUGGCGGAGCGGACAGGCGUCGGCUGGCGGGUUUGGUUGCUUUUCUUUGCGGCGGUGUUUAUGCUGUUCUUUUAUGUUUGGGUGAGCUAG